AUGAGAGGUAAAAGAGUAAAAAGACUACCAUCACGAUCAACAGAGGACGUCAUCAAACUUCCUGAUCUCCCUGAAGAAAUAAUAAUCGAAAUCCUUGUUCGUCUCCCUCGCAACUCAGUUGCUCAGAGCAAGUGUUUGUCCAAGCGUUGGUACACUGUCACCUCGAACCCUGAUUUCCUCGCUCGUUUUCUAAGCCUCCAAAGUGAAAUAAAAACCCCUCUUGAUAGUGGCAUGAUUUUCACAGACUAUAACCCACAAAGAUAUUAUUCGUUUACCGCAAUGUCCGAGCUUCCAAAAUCUGUCAAACACAGAUUGGGAAAGAGAGGGUCUUGCACAGUUCUGGCUACAUACAAUGACCUAGUUUUGUACUUACCGGAUAAUUACUACAACAUUUGCAAUCUACAUACCAUGCAAUGUGUUGCUCUUCCUCCAACUCUUCCUCACCACGACAACCUUGAGAUUGCAGAAGCGGGAUUUAUCUGUGAACCCUACUACAAAGAACAAAAUGAUAGUACUAGUAGAACUUUCAUCCUCAAUGAUGAGUAUAAGUGCCGUGUUGUGCUCAUUUAUGAAUUUACGAGUUCUACGAUCCAAAUCUGCAUGGACAUCUUUUUCUCUGAGACUGGUGAAUGGAGAGAGUUUGUUGUAUCCUGCCCCGUAACCGCAAGAGCUAGGUACUAUUGCAGUAUUGACAAUGGUGCUGCGAAACGUUCAUACAAUUAUAGUGGAGGCCUUGCCUACAAUGGAAAGUUGUAUUGGUUAGGUGAAGGCGGCAUCAUGGAGUUGGAUCCCUUGGCAUGUGACAGUGAUAGAAAUCUCAUCGAUCGGUGUUGUCGUUUCAUUGAAUUUCAAGUACUCUCCGGAAACCCUACGUUGGGGAGGAAAUACCUAGGUGUAUGCCGAGGGAGUAUGUGCCUCAUGUCGUGUCUUGGUAGAAACAAGUUUGAAAUCUACAAGUUGGAAUCAGGAAAUGAUGAUCAGUUGGACGAAGGCAGAUGGUGUUUUACACUUGCUACACAGUGGUGCUUGCCUCUCAACUAA